AUGAACCAAUCUCCAUUCGUUUCUUUGAACGCCUCGGGAGGAGCUCUGCUGUUGAACCUCUCACACGUGGCGUUGGAGCACCGACAGCUCCUGCAGCUGUCCAGGAGGGACGAGGACGAGGCCUAUUUUGUGGACUACAUCCCCCCAGCUAGAGACGCCAUAACUCUGCCGCGCAAUGUAGUCUACGUCCUAAUUGGGGUGGUGUUGGUUGUAGUGGCCACUUACGCCAUAGUGGGACACCUGAUCAAAGAUCUGAUGCAUGACCUGGCAGACUGGAUGUUUGGGCCCAAACCGGUGGAGGAUGAUUCAGAGGAAGGCAUGGCGGAGGUAAAAGAAGAGCCGCGCCUGAGUGUUGCCAGUAAACUAAUGGAGAGAGACGUGCUGAGGAUGGAGAUGGAGAAGGACGGGCUUCUGCCUGGUUUCCACCUGGGAGAAGGAGACCACCGCCGCCCAUCCACCCCUCAUUUGCUGAGGAGCUCCAUCCCUUCAUCAUACCUUGGAGAAAAACAGAUAUCUACUCAUAGCGUGACCUUCGCCUGCCCCCUGACCCCUUAUGUCACUUCCCUCUGAGUUUUUCCACAAAUUAAAGUCACAUCUCAUAUGUCAGUGCGGUGAUCAGUGUUGUGACUUUGUUGUAGUGAUGCUAAAGUAUUUCAUUUAAUUAUUAAAAGUUAAUGUGAACACAGUCCAAAUUGUCAUUCAUUUAAUUAUAUUGCAUUAUGUCGCCGUUCAACGUCCAAUUUGUCAGGCAUCAAGGGUAUCUUAUUUUGAAAUAUAUAGAAAUGAGAACGUCAAUGCUUCCGUCACAUGUCAAGAAUUUAUUGU